GUCCCUUGCAAUGACUUGUUCUGUGGUCUGAUCCGAGUGGAAAGGACUCGUGUUCUGUGGAUGCUCAGGAGGAGCCGGUGGACAGCUGAGAGCUACCAGCACAUCUAUGCUGGCCGCAGCCAACCGCCAUACUUGGGACCCUAUCUUCUGCUGCUCUACUUCUUUUCGUUGCAUGGAGCAGGUGUGAUUUUUACAGAGACUGAUUGAAUACCAAAGCUGGUGAAGUGACCCCGGUCAAUGCAUAGAGCUGUUACCGCAACUCUACCUCAAAUGAAUGCCAACAGUAUGCCUAAACAAGUGGAGGUGAGGAUGCACGAGAGUCACCUGGAGCCAAUAGAGUCCCGGCCUCAGUCCAAAUGUGCCAGACUCUGCUCCAAGAUGUUCAAGAACCUUCUGCUCACACUCACUGUCCUCGGUGUGAUCUUAGGAGCAGUGGCAGGGAUGUUGCUUCGUGUUGCCUCCCCAAUUCACCCGGACAUAGUCAUGGUCAUUGCCUUUCCUGGAGAUAUCCUCAUGAGAAUGCUGAAGAUGUUGAUCCUGCCUCUUAUCAUCUCCAGUUUAAUCACAGGACUGGCUGGUUUGGAUGCCAAAUCUAGUGGUCGUCUGGGUACCAGAGCAAUGGUCUACUACAUGUCCACCACUGUCAUCGCUGCCAUUUUGGGAGUCAUCCUAGUGUUGGUUAUCCACCCUGGAAACCCCAAACUCAAAGAGAAUCUCGGAGAGGGAGAGAAGAAUGAUGAUGUGUCCAGCUUGGAUGCCUUCUUUGAUCUGAUCAGGAACCUGUUCCCAGAGAACCUGGUGCAGGCUUGUUUCCAACAGAUCCAAACGGUGACUAAGAAGGUGGAGGUGGUUGUAGAGGAAGAUGUCAAUGCCACUGCUAUGGAGGGCCUGUUGGCAAAUAUUACCAAGGAACCUCAGUUUGCCAUUAAAAAGUCCCUGCAGUUCAAGAGUGGAAUGAAUGUCUUGGGUCUGAUUGGUUUCUUUAUUGCAUUUGGCAUCUGCAUGGGCAAGAUGGGAGAGCGGGCCAGAUUGAUGAUUGAAUUUUUCAACAUUCUCAACGAGAUUGUGAUGAAACUUGUCAUCAUGAUCAUGUGGUAUUCUCCCUUUGGUAUUGCCUGCCUGAUCUGCGGUAAGAUCAUUUCUAUAAAGGACUUGGAAGUGGUGGGCAGGCAACUGGGAAUGUAUAUGGUCACUGUGAUUGUUGGCCUCAUCAUUCACGGAGCCAUCUUCCUGCCGAGUAUCUAUUUUGUAAUCGUCAGGAAAAACCCCUUCAAAUUCUUCUUGGGGAUCUUCCAGGCCUGGAUCACCGCCCUGGGCACUGCAUCAAGCGCCGGGACACUGCCUGUUACUUUCCGCUGUCUGGAGGAGAAUUUGGGAAUCGACAAAAGAGUCACUCGUUUCGUGCUCCCAGUUGGUGCCACCAUCAACAUGGAUGGAACUGCUCUGUAUGAGGCCGUGGCUGCUAUCUUCAUUGCCCAGAUGAACGGUGUCCACCUGGACCCCGGUCAGAUUGUGACCGUUAGUCUCACAGCCACUCUGGCCAGUGUUGGAGCUGCCAGUAUUCCCAGUGCUGGACUGGUGACCAUGCUCUUGAUUCUGACUGCUGUGGGGCUGCCAACCCAGGACAUCAGUCUGCUAGUUGCUGUAGACUGGCUUCUGGACCGGUUCAGGACCUCCGUGAAUGUGGUUGGGGACUCCUACGGUGCAGGCAUCGUGUACCACAUGUCCAAGGCGGAGCUUGAAGAGCUGGAUGCGCACACGGCUAAAUCAGACGACAUUGAAAUGACAAAGACCCAGUCGUAUUACGACGAGAUGAAGAACCACCACGAAAACAAUUCCAACCAGUGCGUCUUAACGCCUACCGCAAAUGCUAACAAUUCUGUCGUAGUAGAUGAGUGCAAGGUAACCUCUGCCACAAACUACUCUGCUGCGGAGUGCACGCUUGUUGAGGAGGAACCAUGGAAACAUGAAUAAUGGCAGUGCAGAGAUCUCCUGCUCCUGGGCUCCACAAGCUUUCCUUUCUGGUGAUGGGAAAAAAAAAAUGAGUGAAUGAAAAAAAAAAUUGUCAUAUGAACAGAACUACUAAUGUUUUUGAUGUAGUCUACUUUUCUUUAUUAGUAGUCCCUUUAAGGUGUUUUUUUUAAUUCUCUCUCUGACUUAUAACUACUACUAAUUCACUUAACGGUGAAACAGCGGUACGCGCUUCCUGUUCGAGCACAAUUAUGUCCUUAAUAGCAGACUCCUGCACAAUACACUUCAAUGUCAAAGGAGGGAAGGAAGAGAAAAACGUGAGAAACACACUAUUGCUAGCAAUACAUUACGCUUCCACUUGAAGCACCUCAGAGGGAGAUUGAUUAUUGUAACGAGAGUGGGAGUCGUCAUGGCGACCACUUCCUCGCUUCACUUCCGUUUUCGUGCCAUCAUAAGCACGCCUGCCAAGAUCAUGUUUAUUCUUAGUCUCAGAAUGCACCUGGCUACAUUUACCAAGUAUUUGCCAGAAUUGAUGAAAGGGUUAGGGGCAAGUUCUACUGAGCCUUAUAGCACAAUAUUUAUGACGGAACAUUAAAGCACAAAUCGUACCAUGAAGACAAAUUCAAAACACUAUGUGUUUCCUUUUUUAUUCACUUUAAUUUAGGAAAGGGGCAUUUGUGUGCGUGUGCGUGUGCGUGUGCGUGUGUGUGUGUGUGUGUGUUCGAGCAUUCAGAAGAACGGUGAAGUGAGUUUCCGGGACCGAACAGGCAGGAGGAAAUAUUCUAAAAAGGUGCUUAAACUGCCACAGUCAUAUUGGAGACCAGAAUUAAUGUCUGUUUAAAUUGACACAAUCUCUAAUUCCAAUAAAUUUCCACCUUUAAAAGACAGCAUAUCACUGCCCAAAAUAAUUGAGUGACACCAAUGACAUUAAAGUUAAAUUUGGAUUGGAACGCCAAUGAUGAAUUGGCUUGUCUAAAAUCCAUGAUGGCACAAACAAUAAAUGAUGUAAAGCACAAAGCACACGGCACAAAAUAAAGCUAUCGAGCCAUCGACUUGAAGUGCCCGCAGGCGGCACGUUCAAAAUUAUGCAAAUACUGCACAUAGGUUCCAAGAGAGAACUGGAGAUUCUCAGGCCUCGACGUUUACUGCUGUAAAAUUAGAAAGAAGACUUUUGCAGGAAUCCUGCUAACUUCCUCACCUGACCUCUUCCUAUCAGGAAACGAUGGCUUAAUCGCACAACGCAUCCCGACGUUAACUCUGACAAUGUGCAGAGGCUUCCCGCCUGAAUGUUACAUUCCGGUGGUUGACGGAUCCUCUACCUGCGCUAAGGAUCACAUUAGUUUGGAUGAAACACAGACAGAGAUGAGAGAAAGUGCAGCUAAUGGACGUCAGAUGGGAUUGUUGACAUGCACAAACAGAGACAGACCAGAGAUAUUUAUACUCAUCCUUGAGGAGCCUCCGAAGAUUCUUGUUUUGCCAGCUGUACAAAGGCAAACGAUUCCGUAUUUUUAGCCGCCAGAGCCCAAGACUGUUUCUGCAAACCCUAGAUGCUGCAGUUGUGUGCCCAUAUGCAUGAUUUCACUCCACAGAAAAGUGGACAUAUAUUCCCUCACUUUUCACCCAAAUCAGGUAAUAUUAGUUUCGAUCCCUCAAAUAAGCAUCGGCACGAACAGACAAUUGUGUUUCUUAUUCCGUAUGAGUGAGAAUUCUGUUUCUGUUUCUUGUUAUUCCUUCCUGUCUUGUUUCUCUCCAUUUGUGCUUAAUGACAACCCGGCAUCGAAGAUGUCUGCGUCACACUAAGGCACACGACUAAAUGUCGACGGAACAAUAGAAAAGCUAACAAAAUACCUAUUGCACCACUCAGUAUUGCUGAGUUCGCUCACAAGCCAUCGUAGUGGGCUUCC